UAAUAAUUAUUCUUUACGAACUUUGCAUAUCUUAUUCCAUCGAAAAAAGGCAAUGAAACAGUGUAUUUUAAAUUAAUAUCUUCGUUUACUAGAAACAUUGUCAUAAUAAAACACUCGAUGUGCUUAUUCCGAUUCUUAAAUUUUUCGUUGAUUUCCCUUUAUUUUUUUCAAAAAAUUGUGAGAUAGAACAAACUAUAGAUUUGUAAUACUGGGCAGUGAAUAUUGUCUGAACGCACUUUAGCGUUUACCGUGUCUGAAAGAUACGGUAUCGCAGAAACUCCCUAUUAUGUCCGUGGCUGCACCACCAUGGUGGGGAUAUAUGAGCGUUCCAGCAUGGUUUUAGUUCAACACAUAGAACUCUAGGCGCAUCGAUACUUUUAGAACCUGGCAACCCUGAAGCCCGUAACCUUUCCGAGAUAUGGUGGCAAGACUCACUCGUGUAUGUUAUGGCUGAAUAUACCUGACAGCAAUCUGACAUUUUUAUAGAAGUCUGCGGGUUUGAGUCUUCCAUGGUAUCUUCCGCAGUAACACAUCGGUGGUGGUGGUGAUGAUGGUGUGAGGAACCUUAUUAUUUCCGCUAUGGUUCCGAGUUCCACAAGUUGCUUCUACAUGGAUAUCACAAAUGAAGCAUCAGUUAUCGCCAGUUGAGCAAGACCAAUCGGCACAAAGGGGUUUACAUUUCUCGGACCGAGGAUGCCUGAUGAUUACAAUAAUUUCUUCAACCCGAACAUUUGUCACGUUUGCAAAACGACGGAUAACGGCAGUUUCGUGAUGUGCGAUCAGUGCUACAUGGUCUCUUACUGCGGCGGUGAUCACAGAGAGGUGCACCGCUCCUCUCACACGGAGAUCUGUGCGGCUAUCAAAAAGCUUCUGAAGAAGGAGUCGCAAUGGGACGCUUGCCCUUUGAACCUGCAGGAUUGGAUCCAGUUGAGGGAGGAAUUUCUACGUUCGGUCAAGACGGAGCUGUCGCGCGAACUGAUGUCGCACGAAGUACAGAUGAUCAGGUUCGCGAAAUCAUGUCUCAUUUGUCAUCAGCAGACGAAUCUCUACACCUGCAUGAUCUGCCAUUCCGCCAACUAUUGCGUCGAUCACGCCGAAAUCUUCAACAGCUAUCACAGUUACUCUUGCAAGGAGCUCUUGUUGUGUCUCAGUCUAGAUAUCGAUCUUUUCCACGGUAUGGGGUCGAUGAUGAAAUUCACCAAGUUCCCCAAUGAAGGUAGACCUUGUAUUAACAUGGACACGUUUGUCAAACACUACGUGCAAAGAACGCACACCAGUAGGGAGCUCGACGACUGGCACUUUCCUGAGUACUUCUACUCUGAUUACGCAUCGGGUCCUCUGACAUUGUAUUAUGGAAUGGAGGAUACGAAUUUGAUAGAUUCUCUAAACAUACCGGAAGAUGCUUGCUACGUCAUUCAUAUAAUAGAUGCAAAGUUUGUUGAUAGGAAGUAUGUGCUGUCCUGGGAGAUUUUCCUGCAUCUUUUACGAUACAAGAUAAACGGAUUGAAGAUUGUACUCAUAGGAUCUGAAUUACAGAAUGAAUGUAACAACAUGAAAUUCUGUAGCAGAUGCAAUCACAUGUACAGUCAAAAGCUCAGCUUCGAAUCUUACCAUACGUCGUAUCACAGUUAUGUGGCCAGCGAAUCGUACAAGCAACCAAAUGUGAUUGUAGGAUUUGAAGCAGAUCUUAGCAAUGGGGAGGCGUGGUCAGAGUCGAUUUUAAAAUUACGAGAGCAGAACUGUCCCCUGCUCUUAACUACCAAAUCGAAACUUAAAGCCGAACGGAACAUAAACGGAAUACAAGAAGUUCUAGGUACAUCUCUGAUCCCUUUGUACAAUGACAACAAUAAAUUUGGCUCGCGCAGACCGUGGAGAGACGUCGAGACUAAUUAUGUAUAUUUUCGUAAUAGUCAUUUAAUCAUAUACCGAAGUUUAUAUAAUUGAUGGACGCCAUUCUGUACUAUGUACACAUUGAAGCUCUCGUAUAUGAUGUAAUAUCAUAUUUGAUAACGUUACGUUAUAUGUUAUUGUAAAUGUACAAAAUAUGUAUAACAUACAUAUUUAUGCACAUGUACAAAAUAUAUUGUUUCUUUGAACGAAUAACUAUGUUUUAAUAAAGAAUACAUUUAAUUGCAGUUCUUCGUGAUAUUUGUCAUUAGUAAUAAUACAAAAGUAAACAAACCGAUCCGAUGAGAAACAUCCAUAAUAGUG